AUGACAAAUCGCGAGAGGUUUGAUGCUAUUGAUGAGACGAUUGACAGCUUGGAAGAUCGUAUCGGAGGUCUAAGCGAAGGGCAAUCACGCAUAGAAUCACGCAUUGACGAAGGUCAACACCACCACAAUCAGGCGAUGGCUCGACUCAAGAAGAUGUUUCACGCCAUGAAUCAAAGGCUGAAUCGACCAGGCUGGCGUUCACCGGGAAGGGGCAAAUCUAGGUCGAACACGCGAGGGUUGACGCAACCAGAGGAUGAGGAGGACGAGACCGACAACCGGUCACAAAGUACUAGUAUUGGUAUCAAAAAGACCUCCGACUGGCUAGAUGGAGCUAGAAAGCCUGGAUCUCGAGCUGGUUGCCGGUUGAACGUCCUCGAACUUGCAGAACUCUUACACAGAAGGCGGUCUCGAGCUGUUAGAGCCAUCCUGACUGUUAGAGACUAUUAUGAGGCGUGGGCCACUGUGGUAGCGUCAUGUUGUCUUACUCAUGUAAGGGGUUUAAUUCCCCUAAGAUUCCACCUUAUCUCUAAGCUCUCUUCAUUAGGUGGUCUGAUAGUGGACUUGGCCUCAAUUCCUCGAGCUGGUAGGUCAUCGAUAGUGAAUGUUGUUGUCCUGUCCAUCUGGUCGAUCAUUCGACCAGCAUCCGUUGAGACAAUGGCCGACGAAGCCAAGGCCAAAGGCAACGCCGCAUUCUCGGCCGGCAAUUACGACGACGCCGUCCGCCACUUCACAGACGCGAUCGUCUUAGCACCCACCAACCACGUCCUCUACUCCAAUCGAUCUGCGGCCUACGCUUCCCUCAGCAAAUUUUCCGAGGCCCUUUCCGAUGCGCAGAAGACCGUGGAGCUCAAGCCCGACUGGGGCAAGGGCUACUCGCGCCUGGGCGCGGCCCAUAUGGGCCUCCACAAAUAUGGAGAGGCCGUCUCCGCCUACAAGAAGGGCCUCGAGAUCGACCCAAACAAUGACGCCCUCAAGUCCGGGCUCGCAGAUGCGGAGGCCGCCACGGCGCGGAGCUCCAGGCAGCCUCGAGGAGGGCCGGACGGGAACCCGUUCGGGGAGGCGUUCGGGCCGGAGAUGUGGGUCAAGCUGGCGAGUGACCCCAGCACCCGGGGGCUUCUCCAGCAGCCGGAUUUUGUGAAGAUGCUGCAGGAUAUUCAGAAGAACCCCAAUAAUUUGAACCUCUAUUUGCAAGAUCCGAGGGUUAUGCAGGCAUUGGGGGUGCUGCUGAAUUUGAAGUUCCAGACGAGGGACUCUGAGCAGGAUGUGGAGAUGCCCACAGCAUCCAGUGGUGGGUCUCCAGAGAGGAAGAGACCUGCAGCAGCGGAGGCUGAGCCCAUGAAGGAGGAUAAGAGGCCGGAAAAAGAGCCCGAGCCCGAGCCUAUGGAGGCUUCUGAGGAGAGGGAGAAGAAGGAGAGGAAAGCGCAGGCAUUAAAAGAAAAGGAGUCUGGGAAUGCCGCGUAUAAGAAGAAGGAUUUUGAUACCGCCAUUGAGCACUAUUCGAAGGCAAUUGAGUUGGACGACGAGGAUAUUUCUUUCAUCACUAAUCGGGCUGCAGUUUACCUGGAGAUGGGAAAGUUUACUAGUGGCAUUAUAAGAAUCUAUAGUUGCCCGAUACAACAUUGUGAUUUCCCUGUUAGAUCUAUCCACCGAAUUUGCCGUGCAGAUUCCAGUAAAGCUGUUUUUAGAAAGCUUUGCUAUUUGUAUUGGAUCAAGCUUGGUAGAUCAUAUGAGGACUGCAUCAAAGAUUGCGACAAGGCUGUAGAAAGGGGUAGAGAAUUGAGGGCAGAUUUCAAGAUGAUAGCCAGGGCCUUGACAAGAAAGGGAUCUGCCCUAGUCAAGAUGGCGAAGUGUUCAAAGGAUUAUGAACCUGCCAUUGAGACUUUCCAGAAAGCUCUUACUGAGCAUCGCAACCCGGACACACUGAAAAAACUCAAUGAUGCUGAGAAGGCAAAGAAAGAUCUCGAACAAUUGGAGUACUUUGAUCCACAAAUAGCAGAUGCGGAGCGUGAGAAAGGUAACCAGUAUUUCAAAGAGCAGAAGUACCCUGAGGCUAUCAAGCACUACACAGAAGCAAUUAAGAGGAACCCGAAAGAUCAUAAGGCAUAUAGCAAUAGGGCUGCGUGUUACACAAAACUUGGGGCCAUGCCCGAGGGACUCAAAGAUGCUGAAAAAUGCAUCGAACUUGAUCCAACAUUCUCUAAAGGUUAUACCAGAAAAGGUGCUGUACAAUUUUUCAUGAAAGAGUACGAGAAAGCAUUGGAGACAUACCAGGAGGGAUUGAAGCAUGAUUCUCACAACCAGGAAUUGUUAGAUGGUGUUAGAAGGUGUGUAGAACAGAUAAACAAGGCCAGUCGUGGAGAUUUGAGCCCUGAGGAGUUGAAAGAGAGACAGGCCAAAGCAAUGCAGGAUCCUGAGAUUCAGAACAUCCUUACAGAUCCAGUAAUGAGACAGGUGCUGGUUGACUUACAGGAGAACCCAAAAGCUGCACAAGAACACACCAAGAAUCCUCUUGUCAUGAACAAAAUACAGAAACUCAUCAGUGCAGGAAUUGUUCAGAUGCGAUAGCUUUCUUUUCAAAACUCAGUCUGGAAAUGUGUGUUUGUCGACAUUCUCCCGUUUGAUAAUUUUUUUCUGAUGUGAUUGUUUUGUUACUGCAGUACUUGAUAAUUUUACCUGAAACUCAUAAGCAACUGCGUAAAUGUGAAUGAGGAAUUGUU